AUGGACAAAGAUUGCGACAUGGUAUAUAAGAACAUCUCUGACAUAUAUAAAUCUGAAGAAUUUAAGACCUACGACAACUUUGUUUCGUUAGUUGCUGAAUGUGUAUGGCAGAUAAGAGAUAAAGAUAGAAGAGGUAAAAUAUGGAACAAACAAAUAAAACCAGCAGCUUUUGAGUUAAAGAAAACCAUUGACGCCUUAGUUGUUUUAGCAGGUAAGGUUUCAGAAUAUAACGCAAAAAUGAACCCGCAAUGUUCAAAAUGUAAGGCAGCAAUGAGGAGAUAUAACUACUCCGUCAAAGAGAUAGAAAGAAUGAGAAACGACUAUGCAGAUUUAAAGAAAGAAGCAGAAAAGCCAGCAGAAGAUAAAAUGGACAUGUUAGAAUUUCUGAACAAAAACUAUCCAACUGCUGACGAUUUCCUUCUAUCUGACGUCAAGAAGAAAUAUAAAGAGACUUUCGGCAUAGUUAAAACAUUCGAUAUCCUCAGCGAAGAAAUAGAAGCUACAAAACUGUUUAGAGUCUCACGAAUUCAUAACGUUUACCAUGUAAAACGCUUAUAA